AUGGGCCCGGCAGCCGAGCAGGACACCCACUUCCUCGCCUCGUUCCGCUCAGACGUCCUCAGCGGUCCCAAUCAGAUAGACGCAGAAUUCAUCCAGGUCUACCAAGGCAGCGGAUACUCAUGGGAUCCGCCGGUUCACUUCUGCCUCCUGCAGGACGAAUUUACCGCCCACGACAAUGAGGCCCGGGGCCAGGCAUCUCGUGCGAUCGAGAGGCUGGUAGAGCCUCACGGCCCCACGCUCGUACGCCUAUAUUUCAGACACGUUCAUCCGGUACUGCCCGUUCUAUCAAAAGUCAGGUUCCUCAGACAGUACUCCGACGACAAGGCCAAGCUUCCUGCCUCCCUCCGCGGGGCAGUCUACGCUCUAGCCUCGGUGUUUUGGAACACCGAGCCGUCUCGGCAAGGCCCCUUUCCUUUCCAACAACACGUACUCGCCGAUCUUGCCACCGACUCUCUGCAACGAGAGCUCGACUCCCCCAACUUGGCCAAGCUCCAAGCAUCCCUGCUCCUCCUCCACAUGACGCCCAACAGGACAGACAGCAUCGCGCACCCCAGGACGUGGACACUGACGGCCCAGGCCGUGGCCGCCGCGCAGAUGAUUGGCCUGCACCAGGACGCCGAGAAGUGGAACCUCCCGGCGUGGGAGAAGAGGCUGCGGAGGAAGCUUUGGUGGGCGACGUAUGUCACUGACAUGUGGUCGGCCGUGUGUCACGGAAAUCCGCCGCAUAUCUACCCUGCUUCCUUCAACACGUCGGCCGUCACGAUGGGGGAUUUACGCAGUGAAGAGAGCGUUUCUGGGGACUUGCGAGGGCUGGUUGAUCCGAGUAAUGUAGAGUUUGAUGUCGCAACUGGAGCGCGAUUCUUGGAGCUGGUGAAGGUGAGCCAGACUCUGCGAGGGGUGAUUGAGUGUAGUUUUCAGAUACCUAGGCUCGUGCCAUCAGAGUUGCAGAGGACUGACACGGAGAAUCGAGGGCAUCUGGUCGCACUCCAGGAGAAGCUCCACGACUGGGUGACUCUGCUGCCGCAAUGCCUCACGAUAUCUCAUGUGGAGAGGGCUCCCGGGGCAUCAAAUAAUGCGCCCCUCCAUCUCGCGUAUUAUGCCCACCUAGCUCUCCUCUACCGCGCCCUCAUGAAUCCCGCCACCAAAAUUGCCAAAGCCAUCCCAUCAUCCAAUCUUCGCCUGUGGUUUGGCACUGCCCUCUCUCAAUUCGCUGGCUUCACAAAGUUUAUGAGGAGCAUCAGACCCAAAGACCUGCAGGGCUUCUGGGGUCGUCAUGCACGAUCUCAACUCGUACUCUGUGGUAACUUCAUCAUCUACCUAUUUGUGCUAGCUACCGAGCCCGAAGAUGUCACGUCAGCCUUUGCCUUGCUCGAGGGCUUCCACGACGCCCUCCAGCAACUGAAUAGAGAGGCGGACUCUACCUCGCAGUUACUGAUCCUUCCGGUAACACUCCGAAUAGACUCUUUCUUCAUGCAAGCGGCCGAUCGACUGCGUGGCGAACCAGCCGUCGGCGAUCCAGCCGCGGCAACUACGAAUCCCUCAAUGGCACAGACAGCGCACGUAGGCACACCGUAG